AGAAUCUAAAUAUUAACGAAAAGGCAGGAUUUUAAACUAUCUAUUUGAUUUGAUUUACAAUCAUAAUCACGUUUGUAAUGUUAAACCGGUUAAAUAUACAUAGAAUCUGCGUGGUGCGGUUCAAAAAGGACUAUGCCACAUGGUCAAAAUCGAAAGCAAUGAAAGAAAAAAAGAAGACAGAGUCAUCCUCUGGUGUUUCUGAACUGCAACCCUGGCCGGAGUUCAUUCAGAAGCGGAUAGACCUAUGGGAUAAGUACAAAGCACAGUAUGCAGAAGCCCUAGCCUCUAAACCUGAUGUGAGUGUUGUUGUGACACUCCCUGAUGGCAAAACCGUUGAGGCCAAAGCCUGGCAUACAACCCCAUAUGACGUGGCCAAAGGCAUCAGCCAGGGUCUAGCAGAUGCUACUAUCAUAGCGAGAGUGAACGGUGUGCUUUGGGACCUUGAUCGGCCGUUGGAAGGAGAUUGCAAGUUGGAGUUACUGAGAUGGGACAACACGGACGCACAGGCAGUGUUCUGGCAUUCCUCUGCCCACAUGCUCGGAGAGGCCAUGGAGAGGGUUUAUGGUGGGUGUCUCUGCUACGGUCCCCCCAUCGAGGAGGGUUUCUACUAUGACAUGUUCUAUCCAGAGAAGGGGAUAUCGUCAACGGAUUUCGGCGUCAUAGACGCUCUUGUUAAGAAGAUAGCUAAGGAGAAGCAGCCGUUUGAGCGUCUGGAGCUCACCAAGGAACAACUCCUGGAGAUGUUCGACUACAACCCGUUCAAAGUGAGGAUCCUCAAGGAGAAGGUGGACACGCCCACCACCACCGUGUACAGGUGCGGGCCCCUCAUCGAUCUCUGCCGGGGACCCCACGUGAGGCACACCGGCAAGGUCAAAGCAUUCAAGGUCACUAAGAACUCGUCCACGUACUGGGAGGGGAAGGCUGACGCUGAGACCCUUCAAAGGGUGUACGGCGUGUCGUUCCCGGAACCCAAACAGCUCAAGGAGUGGGAGCUGAUGCAGGAGGAGGCGGCCAAGAGGGAUCACAGGAAGAUAGGCAGGGAACAAGAGUUAUAUUUCUUCCACGAGCUGUCUCCUGGGUCGUGUUUCUUCCAGCCGAGGGGAGCUCACAUAUACAACACGUUGGUCAACUUCAUCAGGGAACAGUACAGGAAACGCGGCUUCCAGGAGGUGGUGACUCCUAACAUGUACAACGCCAAGCUGUGGCAGACGUCGGGUCACUGGGCGCACUACGCCGAAAACAUGUUCUCCUUCGACGUCGAGAAGGAGACCUUCGCUCUCAAACCCAUGAACUGUCCCGGACACUGUUUGAUGUUCGACAACCGUGUCCGGUCGUGGCGCGAGCUGCCCCUGCGGCUGGCGGACUUCGGGGUGCUGCACAGGAACGAGCUGAGCGGAGCGCUCACUGGACUAACCCGCGUCAGGCGCUUCCAACAGGACGACGCGCACAUCUUCUGUACGCCGCAGAACAUUGAGCAGGAGAUGAUCGGUUGCUUAGAAUUCCUCGAGCAGGUGUACUCGACCUUCGGCUUCACGUUUCAACUGAAGCUCUCCACGCGCCCUGAGAAAUACCUCGGAGACCUGGCGACCUGGAAUCAGGCUGAGAAGGCCCUGGAAGAUUCCCUUAACAGAUUCGGCAAGGUCUGGCAGCUCAACCCGGGUGACGGCGCAUUCUACGGGCCCAAAAUAGACAUUACUAUACAGGAUGCUCUGAGACGAUCACAUCAAUGUGCGACCAUACAACUGGAUUUCCAACUGCCGGAGAGGUUCAACCUGAGUUACAUCAGUGAGACGGGAGAGAAGAAGCGGCCAGUGAUAAUCCACCGGGCGGUGUUGGGUUCCGUGGAGCGUAUGAUAGCUAUCCUGAGCGAGUCGUACGCCGGCAAGUGGCCGUUCUGGCUGAGUCCGAGGCAAACUUGUGUGGUUCCCGUCGGUCCCAGCUUCGACGAUUACGCCACAUACGUGAAUGAGAAGUUGUUUGCCGCUGGGUUCAUGUCUGAAGUUGACACGGAUGCCGGAGACACACUCAACAAGAAAGUCCGGAACGCACAGCUGGCACAGUUCAACUAUAUACUCGUUGUGGGCGAGCGAGAGAAGUCCUCCAACACAGUGAAUGUCCGUACAAGAGAUAACAAAGUCCACGGAGAAAUGUCCAUCGAGGGUCUGAUAGAGCACCUCAACAAGCUGGUCGCUGAGAAAACGCUCUCCGAGGACAGUGAGCUGCUCAAAUAGAUUGUCUCCGAGGGAACACGCUGACUAUGUUCUGGCGACAUACAUACACCUGCAUGUGACCGUCUCAGAAACUAUAUUCCGUUAAGUACUUACACACAUGCGGUACUUUUAAUGCAAUUUUUCUUUACAUGUAUGUGAGCUUAGUUCUCUUCGGUUCCGGGGCCCGCUUUUGUUUCUCUAGUAGCUAGUGCAUUAGUGUAGUGCGGUUCGCUCGUCGUCUCCAGCGUAUUAAUUUAUUUCAGACUUAUGCUAUUUAUAUUUUCAUUCAUCCGUUCCCGCCGUCGCGGCGUCGCGGACGGUGGGUUUGUCAUUUCUACCUGUUUAAUUUAUUAAAAGGUGUAAUAUUUUUUCUUUUCCUCAUGUUAGUUGUAAAUGGAGCGAUGAAAUUGCUCCCUCAUCAUGAGCGCGACGUGUCCUUGGACUCUAAAACAUUUAGAACUAAAUGAAAAUUUGUUUGUCGUGUGAUUUGUGAUAGUUAUAAGUCCGUUCAUUACUCCGCACCCACACGCGGCCUGUUUAAUGGCUGAUCGCGUUUCCUGUAUGGAAUACCUAUAGUAUAGCAAAACAUUGUCUCUAUUUAGACAUUUUAAUUCUCGUUUGAGGAUAUUAUCCAGUAUAUCCGCUCCGGUGAACCGGUCCUGGCGUGGGUGCGGAGUGACGUCAUUAAUUAUAGAUUGCAUUUAAGUAUUACUAUUGAACUCAUUUUAUUUAAUUUAAUGUCGUUUUAUUUAAUUUUUUUAUUUCCAAAACAUAUUUUUUUCCAUCGAAAUCUGUGAGGAAUUAAACAAAUAAACGAUUCGUCAUUA